CGUAAACAUGAUUCUUUAAUUCUAAAAGAAGAUUAUUAUAUACAAUCAGAGAUAAGAUAAUUUUGGUACAUUUUUACGAAUAGUAAAUGAUUUCAUACUAAACAAACAAAUAAAUAUUAUUUUUUAAUCCGAUUCUGUGCUCCCAAAAUACAUCGCGCCAUCCGUGCAUGUCGAUGUUCAACAUAUGAUCGAUAUUGACCAAUUGUAGACAGUGUGUAUGUCACCGUCACCAUCGAACUAUAGAUAGAAAUUUUUGGAAUUUUCAUAUUUUGUUAUAGGGUUAAUUUAAAUCUAAUUAUCUUAAUGUAUGUAUAUUUCUUCUUAAAUGGUCUCGAUUUUAGAUCUCUUUUGAUAGAAAAUUGGUUUCAAAAAUUAAGUAGAAACAUUUUGAUAAAGAUCGAAAUAGAUCGAAACGUUAAUUUUUACCUAUACCUGAUCAAAACGAUUGAUCAAACGAAAAACUAUAACGCAGUUUCGUUUGACAAAAUUAAUGUCAAUAACAUUUGUAGAAAUACACUGAGAGAAAAUGUAACACCAAAAAUAACCUGUUGAGUUUACAAUGCCCUAUAGACAAAAUAGAAGAAAAUUUCGAGAAUACGGUUGAAAUCGUGGAAGAUGAUCCUUUUAGUAUCAUCACCGAAAACGCUAAUUUAGAAGAAAUUGUGCAGAUAAAACCUCAAAAAAUGCAUCUUAAAUUACGUAAAGGUGCCCCAUUUAACCUAACUUUCAAAUAUAGACCAGCGGAAAAUUAUCCUUUGGAUCUCUACUAUCUCGGCGAUCUGAGUUUAUCGAUGAGUGAAAAUAUGAAGAUUUUCAAAUCUUUAGGAAAAGAUUUGCCUCGUAAUUUGAGUCAAUUGACGGAAAAUUAUAAAUUGGCUUAUGGGACGUUCGUGGAUAAACCAGGAAUGCCGUUUUAUUUCACCGAUAAAAAGUCCUUGGAGAAUCCCUGCCACAAUUCAGGAGUAUCGUGCGAGAAAGGAUAUUUAUUCAAACAUUGGUUGGAUUUUACGCAGGACAGUGAGGCAUUUUUGAAAAAGGUCGAAGCGAGCAGUUUGACUGCGAAUGUGGACGAUUUAGACGGAGCGUUAGACGCAAUUCUCCAAAUUCUAAAUUGCGACGAAAGAAUCGGUUUUUCCAAAAGUUCCCGUAGAAUUAUUCUACUUCCGACUGAUAGUUUACUCCAUUCAGCAGGAGACGGGAUUUUAGUAGGCGCUGCACGGAAACCAACAGAAGAAUGUUUGUUAGAUGACAAUGGUGAUCUCUUGAAUCCGUUGAUUUAUGAUUACCCAACACUUCAACAUAUUGAAAUGAUGCUGAGACAGAAAAAAGUAAAUAUAAUUUUUGCUGUAAAAACUCGUACUAAAUUGUAUUAUUACACUAACAUGACGAGUCAGUUGUUAAAAGGAUUUGCAUACGUAGGAGAAUUAGAAGAACAUUCUCAAAAUAUAUUAGAACUGAUAAAAGAAGGUUUUUAUAAUUUCGCCGAAACUGUUAGUUUUUACGUGAAUACGACACUGCACGAAUAUUUAGACGUGCAGUUAUUCGGCGAUUGUGAAAAUCGUGGUGUAUUCAACGCAACCUCGAUUUGUUACGGUGUUACAAAUGAUCCAGUACAAUUCAAAAUUCAAAUAACGUUAAAAGAUUUACCAUCGGGUAAACGAAAUGAUGUUUUGGAAAUAGAAGAAAAAAAUAUUAACGAAAAAUUGCAAUUAUCUUUAGAAUUUAUUGGAAAUUGUCAAUGUGCUGGAUACGAAAAUUUAGAAAAUAAAACUUGUAUACACGGUGAUUUAAGAUGUGGUCGUUGCGAAUGUGAAAACAAUUGGAGUGGAGAAACUUGUUCAGAAGAAUGUAACGAUUUUGAUACCGUAAAUUGUAGAUUUUUCGAUAAAAAUGGAGAAGGAUCGAAAAUAUGUAACGGAAAAGGAGAAUGCGAAUGCGGUAAAUGCAAUUGCGAACCUUCCUAUACGGGAAAAUACUGCGAAUAUCAAUGUCCUUCGAGAAGAAUUAAUAGAGAAUUGGUGAUAUGCGGCGGUUCUUCCAAAGGAAAGUGUUUCGAAGGGAAAUGUCUGUGUCAUCAGGGUUUCACCGGGGAAGAUUGUAGUUGUUCGACGUCUCAGCGAGAUUGCGUAUUCGAAGGGAUGGAAAUUUGUAGCGGAAACGGAAGAUGCGAUUGUAAUAAAUGUUCGUGUUUUGCGGGUUCGAUCGGUGAUUAUUGCGAGAGGAAUCAAAAUAAUACGUCGAAUAUCGUCUGUGAGAGGUACGAGGAGGAAGUCGCUAAGGUUUUGAUGAACAAUGGAACUUAUCACGUCGAAAAUGAGUAUGGUGUGGUUCAAAUUAAUGAUGAAACUGAUAAAGGAGAAUUGACUUGUAAUCAAAAAGUAGACAUCAGCAUGUGUCAAACGUCCUUGUACGAAGGUAACAGUUUAUGCAUCUUGGAAUACUGCUACUACAAAUCGGAACAAAACCAAAAUACGAUGAUAAUCGCCGCAAGAAAAAUUUGCACAAUGACGGCAGGUCUGAAAGUCAUAUUUUCGGGAGCGCUCGUCGUAGCCGCCAUUUUAAUACUAGGCGUACUCCUAAUACUCGCUUAUAAACUCCGUAUGUAUAGAGAAGAAAGGGCGGAAUAUAAAAAAUUUAUCAACGCCAAUAAAAAUGCCGUCGAGAUGAAUCCGAUAUAUAGAAGUCCUUUAGUGGAAUAUACUAAUCCUUUAAGGACAAAAACUGAUUAGAUUAGACAGAUAUUGAAAAAACAAAUUGUACAAAGAUCUGUUAUAAACCAAAUAAAUUUAAAAAAAAAUCCUCAU